AUGGCCUGCGCUCAGGUUCCUCUGGACGAGCAGCAGGUGACUGAGCAAGACGCUUUGGGCAAAGAGCGCACACUGCCUGCGCUGCAUCCCGACAGGAAGGAGGACCGCCUUUUUGUGCCUUACGUGCCGCUGUCAGCCGACGCCUGUCCAGCCGAGGUGGAAGAGUUCCUUGAGCGCAGCAGGUUCAUCUUAGAAGAUCUGGAAUGGCUACUCGCGUUGCCGCAUGACAAAUUUUGGUGUCAGGUUGUGUUUGACACGUCGCUGCAGAAAUGCUUGGACUCUUAUGUCCAUCAUGCCCCUCGUGGCCUCGACUUGAGCUCUGCAUCCACAUCCCCCGUGGUGGCGGAGACUCAUCAGUCCCUCCAUCGUGUCGUCUUCUUUGCCUUCCUUAGGAUGGCCACUCACAAGGAGUCCAAGGAGAACUACAUCACACCAGCUGUAUUUGGGGAAAUACUGUAUGAAAACUUCCUUUUCGAUGUACCCAAAAUAAUGGAUCUGUGCAUGCUUUUCGGGAAAGGCAACAGUCCGCUGCUGUACAAGAUGAUCGAGAACAUUUUCACGCAACAACCAUCUUACUACAGAGACCUGGAUGAAACCGUGCCCACCAUUUUGGAGGUGUUCGACAGUAUUGAGGAGAAGUGCGGCCUCCGCUGCGAUGGUGCCGGAGAGCCCCUGAAGCUCAAUGCUCAAAAGAAGCCGAAUGCUGUCAGCAUGACUCAGCAGGACUUUUUGGACAUUAUUCUUUACCUGUGUGACACCAGCAGUACCUUGCACGCCUUCUUUAGCGUCUUCCCCGGUGCGUGCGCCACCUUUCACUCGCACAGCUUUCUUUGCAGAUUGUCUUCGUUUUACGAAAGUGUUAUGCCCGACCUUGAAAAGGCCUUAACGAAGAGAAACUUUGAGGAUAAAAGUCUUCAGGAGGACGUGUGGCGGAGGUUGUCCCACUCACGUCGCAAGAUGUUAGAGACGGCCCACCUUCUGCUGCACCACACAUGCUUACAGCCCAUUCUGGAAGGGGUAGAAAAUACACAAACAUUUGCAGAAGAGCUGCUGCAACACUUCACGUCGUUUCUUUCAGAGAAAAGGUUCUUGUGUGACUACGACGAGUUGUUUCCCAUUGCAGAAGAUAUCAGUCUUCUCCAACAAGCACUUCCUGUUAUCGACGAGACCAGGACGUCUUACCUGCUCCAGGGCGUCCACAGUGCCUGGGACAGCACAGGAAGGCGAAAAACCAAACCCUCGUCGCAAUCGCCAAAUCAGGGAGCAGUGGGCGGGGCUUCACGGAAUAUCAGUCAGGAUGUGAGGCAAGCCGAAGAUGGCAGAGAAACCUCAAGGGGGGCUGAGGCUAUGUUGGACGUCCCACGGCGAGGAAGCAAUGCAAGUCCUUCAAAUGACCAUCUUUUUUUUCCUCUCUCUCUCCAGGGUGCCAUUUGUCCGGUGAGCGAGGCAGAGUUAGAGUCACUGCUGUCGUGCAUCCGGGAUCUGCUGCCUGACCUCGGCGAGGGAUUCGUGCUGGCGUGUCUUCAGGAGUAUGGCUACGAUUCAGAAGUGGUCAUCAACAAUAUCCUUGAGGGACGACUUGCACCAGGCUUGGAUGCGCUCGACCGCGCCAUGCCCAGGCCGGUGAAAGAAGCUCUCCCAAACGUCCUGGACAGCAGAUCCAACGUGUUCGAUGAUGACGAGUUUGAUGUGUUCCGCAGAGAACGUGUAGACAUGACGCGCGUCUGGAAGGGAAGGAGGAAAGGCGAGAGCAGUCAGGAGCUCCUGAAUGAUAAGAAGCACAUAUCUGAGCAGCGCGCUCGCUACCAGACUUACCAGACGGUGGUGGACGAGGUUGUGCUGCAGGCAGGGGACUCUGCCAGCUACAACGUUGGUGACGACUACGACGACGAGUAUGACGACACGUACGACAUGAAUCAAGUGGGGGCCAACGAUCUAGAUGGAGACAGCUUGCUCAACAGGAGACCCUUCACGAUGCCCAGAGUCCUGCAGCAAGCAGGCAAAGCUGAGGAAGCAGAGGAUGAAGAAGAUGAGGAAGAGGAGCAGGGACAGCAGGUAAGUGUCUGCUCGGGCGACCAGUUUAUUCAGGACCCCGCACUUCUUAGGGAGCGAGCCGCAGCCAGACGAGCCGCCAUGCAGCAGAGGAGAGGCGUCCAGCCGGAGCGCCAGAGCCACGUGGUGGGCCGUCCCAAAGGCCAGGGACAGACACUGGACACAUUCCUAGACAGACGAAAGAAAGAAGCCAACAAGGGCCGCGGGGCCAAUCACAACCGCCGUAACAUGGCCGACCGCAAGAGGAGCAAAGGUAUGAUCCCCUCGUGA